AUGGAUAACAGCGCACAAAAAAGCCAAAGCGACGAAAACUCGCUGCUUGGCAAGGUAAACACCAGUUUUAUGCUCAAAAAUGUAACUAGCUGGUUUCAGAAGCGUCAGCAGACGCAAUCGCCGUUCACCGCCGCCACGCCCAAAUCGCGGCUGGGAAAAGAGCCGAAACGCCCGUUCGGGCCGUCGCCUCUCCUGAACUCCAGCGUCGUCGAUGAGAAUUUGGAGGAAACGUACAUCGAACCGCGCUCCACCACGUUUGCCGAUUCGAAUUCGACUCAAAACACCACCGCGGACUGGUCCGGAUGCGUCGAUCCGAAUCUGGAGCAGACGACGCUCAUGGAUGAGAGCACUUCGAGUGCUCCGAACGUCAGCAAGGACUUGAGCAUGGUGGAGGAGGCCGAUGAGACCGAUCACACUCUGGCCGACGAAACCAAUGUCACUUUGGCCGACACUUUCGACGAGAAGGUGUCAAUUGCGGAUGGAGAAGGCACUCCGAAAGCUCUGAGCCCGCCUCCAAACUUCGCAACAAGCCCGAGCACACCGACAGCUCCGACGGCGAUCGUAUCGCAUCUGCAGAGCACCGUGUCUUCCGUCACCACUUCCCCGUUGUUCCGACCGAAACCGCAGGUCGACGAAAGUCUCUGCGAGUUCAUCGUACUGGAGCAGAAAGUUGAGCACAAUGUGGAAGUGGAAAACCUGAAGUUAGAGGUGACGAAGCUCCAGAAUGAACUCCGCGAUAUCAACGAAGCGAGAAUAUUCGAGGAGAAGGCGUUGAUGCAGCAGACCGAGGCCGUCUCCACAAAGGCGAAAGCCGACAGAACUGCCGCCAAGGAAAGAGAAAAGCAGCUGGAGCAGGAGAUCGAGGAGCUGAAGGUAAUGGAAAACUCUGGAAUGCGUAGGAAAAGGUUAACUGUACUUUUCAGGCUAAACUCGAACGCGGCGGAGAGGCGGAGGCCAUUCCAGACAACUGCAAAGAAGAGGAGCUGAAGGAGCAGCUGGUUGAGCUCACCGCGCAUGUCGAAGUGCUCACUGUGAAGGCUCUGAAGGUCGACGAGAUGCAGUCCGGAAUGAGCGCAUACAAGGACAAGUGCCAGCAGAUCCAGAACGAACAGAUUGCGCUGACGGAGGAACUCCAGAAGGCUCGCGCCACGAUCGAGAGCUUGACAGCGGAAGCUGGCAGAGUUCCCGAGUUGGAAGUGCAGCUCAAAUCGGCUCUAGAGAUGAUGAAAGAAGCACACAGCGCGGAGGAGGAGCUCGCAGAGGAGACGGAGCAGUUGGAGGCAAUCGCCGAGUCGUCGUUCGCGAAGGCCAACGAUCUCGAGAAGCAGCUUGCCGAAGCCCUUCAGAAGAUUUCCGCGUACGAGGAAGAAAAAGCCGAAAGGGAUUUUGAGCACGAGCAGCAGGUAGUCAAUUCCUGGAAUGUCAGCAUUUUCACGUACACAUUUUCAGCUUCUCACUCUCCGCGAGGAGAUGGCCCAAGUUGCUGAAUCUGCGAGAGCCACCUCUAAUGUUCUCUCCCGAAUCGACGGACUCCAGCAGGACCUUGAGAAGGGAUCCCAUCACAUUUCGGAAGUCGAGGCACAGUUGUCGACUGCCGAGGAGAGAAUCGUCACAUCGGAAACUGAAAUGAAGACCUUGAAGGAGGACCACGAGCAGGAGAUCGAAGGGCUCGGCGCCAAAUUUGCAGUGGAUGCUCAAAGAAUCGCAGAGCUCUCUGAAAAUCUUGAGAGUGUCCAGUUGGAAGUUGCGUCGGCCUCUGAAAAAAUCCGUGAGAUGCAGGAUCAGCUGACGAGCGCUGCUCAAAAGUUGGAGAAUGUGGAAUCGGAACGCGUCGAAGAGCAACAAAGAUCGGUCGCUAGGAUUGAGGAGCUCCAAGCGGAGGUACUAUAGAAUCGGAAUAUAAUGUGUUUCCAACCAAACCACUCAACUUUCUAGAUCCAAAAUCUUCGUGCCGCAUCAGCAGACGUACAGGACGAUGUUCGGGUGGCUGAGCUCAAGGAAGAGUUGGAGGAUCAGAGAAAGAUGAUGAUCUCCGAAAUCCAAGAACUAGAAUCGCAGUUGGAGGCCGUGCGUCAGCAACAACAACAGACGGCCGCUAACGAGGAGCUGCAGAAGGCGUUGGAAUCGUCGGAAGCUCGCAUCCAAGAGCUCGCUGCUCUGGCCGAUGCUGCCAACGCAGAACUGACCGCAACGAUCCAAAAGCACACGGAGGAGACGGAGGAACUGCAAAAGAGACACGCAGACAAGAUGCAGCAGGUGGAGGCCGAAGCGGAGAAAGAUGCGCUCACGCAUCAUUCGACACUCGACUCGGUGCGCAUUCAAUUAACGACCGCUCUUGAUAAGGUUGCCGCACUGGAGACUGAGCUGCAAGUGACUCGAAAGGACGCCGAACAAGCCACUGUGGAAAUUAUGAGGAAUCGUGAAGAGGAACUGGAAGUCUAUCAGCAAAAGAUUUCUGAGCUCACUACUCUUCUCGAAACCGCCAAGAAGCAGAGCGAAUUCGGAGUUAAGGAGAUCCAGGAGGCCAGUGAAUUGAAGAUCCAGCAGCUCGAAACAAUCCAUCAGAAGCAACUGGAGACAGUCCAUGCCAACAAUCGGAAACUCGAGAGUGACGUGGAGGCUGCGAAGAAGAGGAUCGAAGAAUUGGAGGUUACUGGAAAGGACGCAGAGCAAGCCACUGUCGAGAUCGAGAAGAGGCGUGAAGAGGAACUGGAAGGAUGUCGGCAGAAGAUCUCCGAGCUCACAGCUCUCCUUGAUACCGCACAGCAAGAAAAGGAACGCGAGGCCCAUGAGAUUCAGGAGCAUUACUAUCUGAAGACGCAAGAGCUCGAGUCGAUCCAUCAAGAGAAACUGGAUGCAAUUCAGGAGAAUGCUCUGAAACUCCUGACUGGCAUGGAUUCGGCUCAGAUGCAAAUCGAGGAACUCCAGAAGACCAACGAGACGAUCCGAAAGGAGCUGCAAGAAGAGCUCGAGGCGGCGAAGACUCAGUUUGACGCGAGAAAGGCUCAGCUGGAGCAAAAACAAGCCUCGGAUGCUUCCCAGCUGAUCUCUUAUCAAGAGACAAUCGCUGAGUUGCAGAAAGAGCUGGCUGACGUCGAGUCUGACUCGCACAAUCUGCAGGCACUCAACGACCGCAUCGUCGAAUUGGAAGCCUCGAUCAGCAGCACCCAAAAGGAAUUGGGUGAUGUGCAAGAGGCUCUCGGAGAGAAGACGUCGCGGCUCGAGGAAUUGACGCUGGCAUCCGACGUACUCGCCAAGAAGUCGGAUCAGUGGAGAGACGAAGCCGAGAAGGCCAAUGAGAAGGUACGCACUCGCUUACUCAUUUUCAACGCAAACGUAUUGUUUUCAGGUUUCUUCACUCGAAAAGGAACUCUCUAACGCCACAAUCCAGACAGAAGUGCAAAAACAACUCGAGGAGCAACGCGCUUCCCUGGAAGAGCUCCACGAAAAGCUGCAAGUCGCCGAGGAGGCUCUCAGUCAGAAGGAGAAUUCCGUCGUGACACUGGAGAGUCGCAUCGAGGCGAUGCAGCAGCAGCUGGAGCACAGCGAAAAGGAAGCGGACGAGUGGAGACAGCAGGCGCAGCUUCUGAAUGGCUUCUCCCGUUCGUUCGAAGAGAUGCAUAAGCAGUUGAGGGACAUGAAGGCCCAACUGGAAGCCUCCAAUCAGCGAGUUAUCGAAGUGGAGGCGACGGCACAGCACGACGUGACACUGAUGAGAGAAGAGGUGGACGGGCAGGCGACCGAGUUGGAGGAGGCCCGGGCUCGGAUCAAACAGCUCGAGGAGGAGUUGCAGCGGAAUUCAACGGAGAUCGAGCGUCUCGAGAAGGUGUGCGACGAGUUCGACGACGACGAGAAGGAGUACAAGGACAAGAUCUACGCGCUGCAGGAGGAGAUCAGGAAGAUGAAGGGCGUCGAGUCUCCGCCACGGACCAUGGGACUCUUGCAGCAAGCGAGACUCGGGUCAGUUUUAGUUUACGAGUUUCCAGUGAUAACUUUUCAUAUCUUCAGAAUAAAGCCGAUCAGUCGCGAAAGUUCGCAUCUGGAGCAGCCGGAGAAGGAGGACGGGUUUGAGGAUGCGCACGACGCGUUCCCACAGAACACGUCGAUCCGGAAGCAGAAGCUCAACGAAACCGCCCGGAUCAACCAAUCUCUGGACGCUACUGCUAUCGGCGUCUCUUCGACAACUGCCCUUCAUCCGGAUGACUCUGCUGAGCAGUCGAGAAUGGUGCCGGAGACGCCGUCGAAGAACAAGAACCGCUCGAACUGCCAGCAUCAAUAG